ACCGCCCCGCCCGCCGUGACGCGCGCGCUGACGCGGGGGGGGCGGCGCGGGGCCGGAGCCGCGGGGCGAUCGCGCCGCAGCAUGGGGAUGGGCGAGCCGCGGCCCCCGCCGCCGCCCCCCGCCAGAGUCGGCUUCUACGACAUCGAGGGCACGCUGGGCAAGGGCAACUUCGCCGUGGUCAAGCUGGCCAGGCACCGCAUCACCCGCAGCGAGGUGGCAAUAAAAAUAAUUGACAAAUCUCAGCUGGAUGCUGUGAACCUGGAGAAGAUCUACAGAGAAGUGCAGAUAAUGAAAAUGCUUGACCACCCACACAUUAUAAAGCUCUACCAGGUGAUGGAGACCAAAAGCAUGUUGUACCUUGUGACAGAAUUUGCCAAAAACGGAGAAAUUUUCGAUUACCUCGCCAGCCACGGCCGUCUCAGUGAGUCUGAGGCCAGGCGCAAAUUCUGGCAGAUCCUCUCGGCAGUGGAGUAUUGCCACGGGCGGAAGAUUGUUCACCGGGACCUGAAGGCUGAAAAUCUUUUGCUUGACAACAACAUGAACAUCAAAAUAGCAGAUUUUGGAUUUGGAAACUUCUAUAAGAGUGGUGAGCCUCUGACGACGUGGUGUGGAAGCCCACCAUAUGCAGCCCCAGAAGUCUUUGAAGGACAGCAAUACGAGGGACCCCAGCUGGAUAUCUGGAGCAUGGGCGUAGUUCUUUAUGUUUUGGUCUGCGGAGCUUUACCUUUCGAUGGACCAACGCUCCCCAUACUGAGGCAACGAGUUCUUGAAGGAAGGUUCAGGAUCCCUUAUUUUAUGUCAGAAGAGUGUGAACAUCUGAUUAGAAGAAUGCUGGUCCUAGACCCAUCCAAACGGUUAACUAUUGCUCAGAUUAAGGAGCACAAGUGGAUGCUUAUCGAAGUUCCUGCGCAGAGGCCUAUUCUUUAUCCACCGGGAGAGGAGAAUGAGCCUUCCAUUGGAGAGUAUAAUGAGCAGGUCUUACGGCUGAUGCACAGCCUUGGAAUAGAUCAGCAGAAAACUAUUGAGUCCCUGCAGAACAAGAGUUAUAACCACUUUGCUGCUAUCUAUUACUUGUUAGUGGAAAGACUCAAAUCACAUCGGAGUAGCUUCCCUGUGGAACAGAGAGUUGAUGCUCGUCAGCGUCGGCCAAGCACCAUCGCCGAGCAGACAGUAGCCAAGGCACAAGCUGUGGUACCCUCAGUUAACUUGCAUUCACAAAACCCAAGGUUGUUGCAGUCUCCAGGCCUUCCCCCAGCUUCGGGAGCAGAAGCCUUUUCAUUCCCUCCAUCCAGCUGCCAAGGAGAGACAGCAUUUAUGGAGGAAGAAAGAGUUGAGACACCAAAGGUAAACGGCUGCCUGCUGGAUCCUGUACCUCCCGUGGUGAUUAGGAAAGGAUGCCAGUCGCUGCCUACCAGCAUGAUGGAAACUUCUAUCGAUGAAGGGAUUGAGACAGAAGGAGAGUCAGAAGAUGACCCUGCCCAGGCGUUUGCAGCCAUGCAAGCAGCUCGCUGCGGGAAGCGACGGCACACGCUGGCAGAAGUUACUAAUCAGCUGGUGAUGAUGCCAGGCACAGGGAAAGUCUACUCGAUGGAUGAAAACUCAUCUCUGGGCAGUAUUGAUUCAGAAUAUGACAUGGGAUCCAUUCAGAGAGAUAUUAAAUUCCUGGAAGACACCCCUUCCUUGAAGGAAAUGGUGCUGACUAACCAGCAAGCGCCCAGAAUGACAACACCUUUCAUAGGUCUGAGACCUGCCAAUCCAGCCAUGCAAGCUCUCACCUCUCAGAAGCGAGAGACACACAACCGCUCUCCUGUCAGCUUCCGCGAGGGGCGCAGAGCAUCCGACACAUCCCUCACACAAGGAAUUGUAGCAUUUAGACAGCAUCUCCAGAACCUGGCGCGAACCAAAGGAAUCCUGGAACUGAACAAAGUCCAGUUGCUGUAUGAGCAGAUAGGAUCAGAAGAAGAACCUUCUCUGACAUCAGCUGCCACCCCGUUGCAGGACCUCAUUAAUAGUCCUCCACAGGAGGAAGCAUCUCAGCAGCAGCAGGAACCUGCAUCUGCUUUCCCUAACGGUGCACAUCCCCCAUUAUUAUCCAGACGGCAGAGCUUAGAAACGCAGUACUUGCAACACAGACUCCAGAAACCUACGCUACUCUCAAAAACUCAGAAUACUUGCCAGCUGUACUGCAAAGAGCUGCCCCGGAGUCUGGAGCAGCAGCUACAGGAGCACAGGCUGCACCAGAAGCGACUCUUUCUCCAGAAGCAGUCCCAGCUCCAGGCCUAUUUUAACCAGAUGCAGAUAGCCGAGAGCUCGUACCCAAGGUCGAGUCAACUGCCGCUGCCGUGCCAGGAGGAGCAGCAGCCGCCGCAGCAGCAGCAGCAAUCGGCCCAGUUCAGCCUGCAGCAGCCUCUGAGCCCCGUGAUGGAGCCUCCCUCCUCGGAACACAUGCAAUAUGACCCCUUCCUCAGCCAAUACCAGAAGGUACAGCUGGAUCCACUGCCACCCUCCCCGAUCACCAGCUCACCGCAGUUGUCAUCACCGGUUCAGGUGCAGCAGCCGCCACAGUCCUUACAAUAUUCAUAUCAGACUUGUGAAUUGCCUGUUGUCUCCUCUCCCGAGCCAGACUACCCAGACCAGUGCCAGUAUUCCAUGGACCCAGCACAACAGAGCAGUGUAGCAUUGCCUGACAGCCAGAGCAGCUCAGCAUCUCACGAGUCCCAGUCAAACUAUGAUGCGUUAACCCUCUCGGAGUUGCCCGGACUCUUUGAUUGUGAAAUGAUGGAGACUGUAGAUCCCCAGCACAGUGGCUACGUCCUGGUGAAUUAACACCAUGGGGUGACUAAAACGUGAGUGGAAGACGGGACAAAUGGAAGAGCAUGUGAAUUUUUAUGUUUUGUUCCUACCCCAAAGUUCGCGGUAACUUUUCAACCCUUGAAUUUAACAGGGAAACUAAAAAUCCACCUGACAGGAAUAAAAGGAGGAGGGGGAGAGAAGUGUUUGGCCACCAGCUCCUCUUGCUGGUGGCAGGGGCUAGAGAACAGAUAGUGCCAUUUCAUCCCACAAAGAACUAGUUUGCAUAGAAGGUGGCAAAAAAAAAGGUGAAUUUUAGAGGAAGGAAGUAGCCCCUCCUAAAAUAAUUGGGGAGUCUGUCAUCUAACGUUCACUUGGAGAAUGAACGCACAUGGUAUUGUACUUCUUGGCAAUAAAAGCAAUAGUUUUCAUUGAAAUUCAGGGUAGAUUCGGGUCUGCACUGAUGGCAACUGUAAUACGCUUGAGCAGUAGUGUGAGGUGGAAUUAAAGGAAAGUUGCACUUUGACAUCCAAUUGCUGGGUAAGCUACUGAUCUGGAACUACUCCACGGUAAGUCUCCGAGAUCCCCAGGCAUCCCGGGCAGCCUCCACUUCUUCCUGCUGGCAAGUAAACAGUAUUUCCCAAGCCUGCCAAGGAACUUUUAGCUGUCCGUUAUGGCAGGCUUCUGGAUCUCUGCUAAGGGACAUCUUGACUCUGUCAAAAGAUAUUUGGAGCUGACAGAAGGCACCACAGUGGUUUGUAGAGACCUCUGGGUGGAGAUCAGAAUGCUGAAGGACAAAGGAUGAGCUAGCAGGGAGAUAGAAGGUAAGAAGGACCGUGAGAAAAAUCAAGAGCUGUGGGCAAUGCCAUUAAAAAAGGAAAAUCCACCUGGGUGGCUUUUGAAAUCAGCCCUUUUCGCACACAGGUCUUUGUGGAGGGCUCCGUCUAGGGGAAGUUCCGAUCACUGGAAAGGAUCCAUCUGUCCUUCUGUUGCAUUUUAAUAACAAGCAAACAAACUGUGUUUUGAAUUUGCAGUAUGUGUUGCUGGUGGUUUAUUGAGCUUUGUAUAUUUGGACAAUUAUUUAGGGUUUUAGAACUUAAGGAUAAAAACAAUGAGCUUAAAAAAAAAAACAAACACCCCUGUGAAGUGAUAGUGCUGUGCCUUUUUCAGUUCUUUAUCAGCCUAUAUGCUUUUUUCUGAAGAAAGUAGACGAUACCCCAUUUAUAUCCUCACUACAGCCAAAGUCCCUUCAGAGCACGUGUUCCACCAUGUGGAACAUCGUGUUUAACUUUCUUAGUGUUCCGAUUGCUCAUGUGUAUAUAACACUGAAAGUAUUACAGCAAUAUUUGCAUCACGAACUGCUGCUGUAUCGAUCGUUUCAAGAAAUACUAAACUCAACGAGCAGUUGCGUCUCCAGAACUUUCACUCAUGACGUGCAAAGUCACAGGAGGAUCGGUGAGGAAUCUGCAGAAAGCUUAGAUCUCUAGUUCGGGUUUUGUCUCUAGGCUUUACGUUUGGUGGGGCACUACGGGCUGACGGACACGAGGCUCGCAGCAAGGCAGUUCAGCCUUUUCCUGAGCCAACAUUAAGCACAAUUGCAGAUUCAUAAAGCACAAAGAACGGCAGAGAAACGUGCUGAUCGCACCACUGUGUGUGUGCUGGAAAGCUUGGUGACUUAAGGUCUUUGAUAGUACAAAUGAUGAGGGUGUAGCCACCAUACUCAAAGUUAGGGUAUUUGGGGCGUGUGGUCACUUACAAAUGGAAUGGGUUGAACAGGGAGCAAAAGGAAGAAACAAAAAAAAAAAGGAAA